CUUCCUCAACCAUUCCAGAACCAUAACUGCAUUUCGGGUUUGUCUCAGAUUCUGCAGAAAUCGACGAAGAAAUGGAAAACAGAGCGAACCUGAGAGUUCAAAAGAAGAAACCCACAAAGCGCAGCGGAAGGAAACCGUCACUGAAAAAGAUACUGGAUUAUCUCAAGUCUGAUACCUAUAUGUAUGCACCUCUCGUUUCUCCUUUACCCUCUGAUUUCCCCUCACCAAAUGCGUUCUUUCCUUCUGCUAAAGUGGUGGAACGGAAAGGAGAACCUGUAAAAGAGUUACGGGAGCGAGUUCAGGAGUAUGUCAAUUCUGAUGUUUAUAUGUAUGGUCCGGUUUUUGAACUUCCUCAUUCACCUCAGACUCAAGAACCUUUGCAAGACUGUGGGAGGGUAUGGAUGGAUGACUCACCUAAGGUGUUGACAAUGAAAGUCAACCAACGAACUGAUCCUUUAGGAAAUGUGAACCAAAGGGCUGAAAAUCAUCUUCCUCAAAAAGACUCUGAUCAAGGCACUCGGGGGCACAAGGAAACUGUGAAGCACACUGUGUAUCAGACUUGUCGCACAACUUCAAGAAAUGUGGCCAUCAACUCACAGUUGAGAGCUCAUGGUUGAUUGAAGCUUCUGGAUAUAAAUGAAAACUUAGAAGAUGAUAACCUAUAUGGGGUGUUGUUUUAGGUGUACAUAUUAUGGAUGUAUGGAGCAUUGCACCAGCAUCUUUUAGUUUCAGUGUGUGCUAGUGCAAUUUUUGUUUUGACUUUGGUAUGCUCUUCAUGUAAUGUUUUUAUUCCAGUGAUAGUUUGAACUUAUAGGGCUGGAAUGUAAAUAAGAAUUACUCUAAAGUGGAUUUGCUCCUCAACCCUCUAUUGGAUGACAUUUUUUGUCUACAA